AUGAAAGAGAAGAACGGCAGAAGGAAUAAUCUUGGUGGUGGCGGACAAAUGGAGGGAAGCCAAAGUGGAAGCGGCGGUGGCACGAGUGGCGGUGUCCCGAUCAGCGGUGGCAACAACCGUACGGGUAGUGCCUUCAGUGGCGGCUCCGAUAAUGCCGUCGACAAUCGGUACGGUAAUGACUUCCCCCCCAGUUACAAUAACACCUUCGAAAAUGGUUUUGGAGAGGGUUGUGGAGACGGUUUUGGCGACGGCUUCGCCCCCCGCUUGGACAAGAGCUGCGACGUUGGGUGCAGCCCUGUGGGGGAUUCCAUGGACGCGUCGAAGCGUGUGGAAGUUGGCGGACAAGUGAACGUAAGUAAAAAUAAAGGGUUAAAUAACCUGAAUAGCGCGGAGGAGGUAUAUUACGUGGAUGGUAGCGAGCACGUUGUGAAUGACCUUGAUGAAGAGAAAAAAGGGCCCGAGGGGAGAAGACCAAGUGGUCAGGGAGGCGCCGUGGGGGGAGAAGAGGAAGAACCCGAGCUAUGCAACGAGGUGGUAGACAGCGACAAAUGCGCGGAGGAGUCGAACCGCCAAAAUUGCGAAGCUCCGGUGGGGGAGUUUUACACGGCUAGUCAAGUCCCGGAUGGCAAUUUGGGCCAGUUGUCUAUCCAAAGCUUUAAGGGCGUCGUCGCGAGUGGUGUUGGCCUGGCCGCUAAUACUGUUGGCCUGGCCGCUAAUACUGUUGGCCUGAGCGCUAACUGCAUCGGGGCCUCCCCGGAGGAGCCCCCGCAGUUCCGCGUGCAAAGCGCGGAGGUAGUGAAGUUGAAGAAAAGGGGAAAGCCCAAAUUUAUUAAGAGGGAAACGAAUCUGAAGAGCGGCAAACAUGAAGAGAAGGAAGACGUGGUUGUGUCGUUGGGGAAUCCCCCCAGCCUGUUCAAUCCCGUGGGGACCAUAGGGAUGAGCAAAGUGGGGAGGAAGAAGGGGCGCCGGGAGAAAUCCGCGAUCGGCGCAAAGAUGGAGAACGAGGGCGCCUUUCGGUUUGCCCCCGUGGGGUGCAACGUGAAGGAGUACAUGGCGAACAGCGGCGGGAAUAGCGUCGCAAAUAGCGGCGCAAACGGCUGCCACAGCGGAAGCGGCGUAAACGGCGCAGCCCCGUUUGAGAAAAGCCUCGCGAACAAGGCGGGCGAACGGAGGAAGCGGAAGCUGCGCAAGGGGAAGAUAAAGACGAAGAAGAAAAUCCCGCGAAAAAAGAGGUCGAAGUGCACCCUGAAGGGGAACACUGCAAGUGGACGGUUCAAGUACGAAACGACGCAUGCGGGAAAUGGGAAGUUAAAAAAUGAAAAGAAAAAUUAUCUAAAGGACGAGCUAUGCUGUAACCAUAAUGAAGACGCCAAUGGUGCGUGUGGGAGCGGCGUUGUACACGACAUAAGUAACAAAUUUUCUAAUAUAAAAAUUAGCAAACAUUUUUUUUUAAAAAUGGAUGACGAUGAUGAGGAGGAGGACUACGAUGAUGAGGAGGAGGACUACGACGAGGUGGAGGAGGACGCGCGCUCGAGUAGGCACAGCUCCAUGUCCCUCAGCUUGGCGAAAAAGAAUUUCCAGAAGAAGAUUAUCAUCCUGGAUGAGCGUGCCAACGGGGGGGGGAGAGGCGCCAUCGGCUAUGCAGGUGUUGGCGGCACCGGCGGUAAGGGGGCUGGGUGUUCUGGGGCCGGGGGGCCUCUCGCCAGCGGGCAGGACCCCGCCAAUGAAGUCAGCGGAGGAAUCGGGAAGGACGGUAAAAACGGCAUCGAGGGCAACGAUGGUAACGUCUUUAAUGACGACGGACGACCCCCCGGCGGCGACCACAAAGUGAUGAAAAGAGUUUUAACGAGCGAGGAAAGCGCGACGCUCCUGAACAACGUAAAAGACAUCAACAUGAAGAGGUUCAAUUUCAGCGGAAUCAUCUCCAGCAAAGACUCUCUAAUGGAGCAGUUCAUGCUCUACAAUCUGUUCUCCUACGACAUCACCAUUUUGAAGGGGUCCCUCAAAUUUAUUUACACCUUCUGCUUGUUUAAAAAUUUGAGGCUUUAUUACCAAAUACAAGAUAAGAACGUAUAUAUUGAUGAGAAAGCCAUUUCAAAUUGCCGCAUAAAAGACAACCUGAUAGAUACCCACUCGAUCAUCCUCACCAUGUAUGACAGUUAUUGCAAACAUUUGAAUCGAAAUAAAAUCCCAAUCGAUGAUUUUAUAAAUUUAAAUUAUUUUAACAUUCACAAUGUUAAGUUUGCAAAGAAAAACGUGCAACAUAAUAAAAGCUACGAUGAUAGCAUUCUCCCAGAGAAAGACAACAGGAAGAUCAGCUCCAUGUAUAAGUGCAGGCCCUACCUCUAUUCUAACUACUCUAAUGAUGAGAAGGACUCCCCUGGGAAACGUGUCACUGUGGAGGUACAGAAGAAAGGCGUCGCUAAAGCGGAAGGGGUGGGGAAUACACCCAUUGUGAAAGGGAGUGAGAGCAAGAGGGGGAGAGCCGCCAGGGGAAGCGUGAAAGGCGAGGUGGUACCUUCGCAGGAGCUCAGCACCGUGAAAGAGGAUUCCUCGAAGGAGUGCCCGCAGCUCUGCAAGGACCCCGCCCCUGUGACGUGCAAGGUGGAGGAUGCCCCCUGCGAGUUGGCGCAGGAGAGCCAAGUCGAGGGCAAGCGGGAGGAGGAGCAGCAGGGCGGGGCAGAGGUGGAAGAAGUGGAGGAGGAGGAAGUUGACGUAGUGGAAGAAGCCGCAGUAGAAGUCGCCGGAGUGGAAACUUGGGAGGACCCCCUGCCCGCGCAGAAGGGGCGCAAGAGGAAGAUGCUGGUGGGGGGCGCCAAGGAGGGGGGCGCGCCCGAUUGUGCAAGUAAGAAGCAGAGGGGGCGCGAGGCCGAUGCGGGGGAGGGCGCGAACGGCAGUGAGGACACCCAGGGGGGAAAGGCCGCUUCACAAGCAGAUGGGGAGGCGCACCAGGUUGGAAGUGAGUCCACCCACGCGGUGCUGCCCCUGUGCCAGGUGAAGAAAGAAGCACCUGACAUGCUGGAGUGUGUGGAGAAGUCCAAAUGUGAGGAAGCGGUCACAGGGCUGACCCGCGUAAAGGAUGAAGAGAAGGAGGAAAAGGCGAUGGAGGGAGGAAAAGGCUACAACUGCAUGGGGAUCGUCCCCCCUGAUGAAGGUGCGGAAGCGGGAAGAGUGGUAGUAAAAAGUGAGCGGUGGGAAAAGGACGAACCGGUGACGCCCGACGGGAGGAGGAAGCACUUACUACAAAAGUAUAACGAAGCGAUCACCAAGGGAAGCAUCACCGCCACUGGAGAGUCCAAAAAAAAGCUGAUGCUGAGGGGGAGAAAUAUGAAGGAGGAGAAGGCGAUAAAGAAGAGCAAGCUGGGGAGGCCGUGCAAGCAAAGCGGCUCAUCCAAUGUGCCAAUCAAAAGAGGGAGGAAGAAAUUUUUCUGCAACAAUAAUCUCUCACUUAUGAAAAACAGACGAAGGAGAAGAGGGCGUAUCUCUUCUAAGAAGACCAAGAGGAAGACAGAGGAGAGAUCAACCAGGGGAGGCGAUUCCCAUUUUAAAAAAAGAAAUUCAGACCAUGGAGAGUAUACAGAAUAUGGGGAGGAUGUGAGUGAACUGGAAAAUGUAAACGUGAUGCUGCUGGAGAGGAUAAAGAAUAAUUACAAGAUGAUAAUGGAGAAUGAUAAGUUGAAUAGGAAGAAGAGGGAGGAGAAGAUGAUGUUGAUGAGUGGUGGAGGCGGUGCUACCUCUGCCGCCACAUCUGGGGGGGCCUUCGGAAGGGCGGACAACUUCGCGGGGCAUGAGGGCGGGCUGCCCGAGGGGAGCACCAAUGGGAGCGGCAUCGGGGGAAACGGGGAGAGCGGCGAAAGCGGGCCGGGCAGGUUAAGCGGCCCUGGAAGGCCAGGCGGGGGGAGCGGCCCUGGAAGACCAAGUGGUGGAAGCGGCCUAGGCAGGCCAAACGGUCCUGGAAGACCCAGCGGCUACGCCUCCACCCUGGGCAAUAACCCAAGUGGGAGUCACCAUGCGGGUGGCAGCAAAGAGGAGAAAGUGAGCGGAGGGAAGCUAGAUGCAACGGGGAUAUACCAAAGCAGCAACAAUGAACUCUCCGAGAGGGAAAAGAAGUAUAUGCUUUCGGUAGACUGGCUCUAUAACAACAAUUUUAACAUUUUAGAUAUUAAGGUGAAUACGCAUUUUUCACACAAUUACCACAUUUCUCUUUUUUUUUUGUGCAAAUAUACCUCUUAUAAUCUGUUUUUGCAUCCGAUUAAUAAGAACGAGCACAUCGUGUCUUCGGUAAUUUUGAAUUUUAAAAAUGAAGUGCUCACGGACAAUGGGAAUUUCUUCGUACUGAGAUAUUUACUCUCCUUCCUGAGCAACAAAAUUUCUAGCCUGAGGAAGUGCUACGCAAAUGCACUGUAUAAUUCUUAUCUGCUCCAAAUGCCCAUACGGAUCUUCCGCCACAACAAUUUGAAGACCAAGUAUAGCCCCAACUAUGGCAUUCGGUACGAUGGCAUUUAUAAAAUUGUUAAUGCAUUUACGAGCAAUGAUUUUUCUACUUCAGAAUAUAAGAGAGACAUUUUAUACGUUUUUAAGAGGCUAUAUGUAGACAAAUGCUUUAUCCCCCGGAAUUGCCGUUUUUAUGAGAAUCAGUGGGAGAGGAAGAAGUACCUGAUUGAAAAGAACUCCGUUUCGAUUAACGUGUUUUUGGAUGGGGAAAUGAUUAUGACUUUGACUGUUCCUUAUUUGAAGAAUUACAAGUCCACCACUUUUAUGAAUUUUAAUCAUAUUUACAAGUUCAUUCGGCGCAAGUGCAUUAAGGAGAAGCUGGCGACCCAGUGGGUUCGCAGCGAUGUGCGCAUGUACGAGGAGUGCAAGAGGAAGUUGCGUCAGGAGGAGGCCCUUCGGAGGGCCGCCUCGCUGGAGGGGGGCCAGCCGGAGGGCGAAAUUGGACACAAGCCGGGAGAGGCUGCCUGCAAAGUGGACGCCCCCCAUGGGAGCGCUCCAAAGGGGAACGCCCCAAACGGGGGCGGCGGCGCGGAGACGUUCCCCUUCUGGUGCCGCGGGAAGUACCUCCCCCUGGUGCUGGUCCUGAAGACCCUGAACUUCGAAAAGGAGAUAAACGAAAACCAAAGAAUUCGAACCAAAAAUUUUAAAAACAUCGAGAUAUCCGUUCGCAAGACGGAGAUCCCCAUCAACUGCGAAAUGGCAAAGAGACCAGCCCACCUGUUCAUCCCCAUCAAAAGCAAAGAAGCGAUAGCAGCUCACAUCGAGUUGAAGAGGCCAUUCGAAGAUACAUGGAACCCCUAUGAAGAUCUAUCAGCUGGAAAGGAGAAGUUUAAAAUACCCGUAGAAAACUCCGUAGAUGAUUCGCUCCCCCCUAUGAAUUUUACCUACGUCAGUAAGACCCUUUUUUUUUCUAGACUACCCCCCUACAAUUUGUUGCCUCUCUGUUCUGGUUGCGCCCCACAGAAUUACAGCAAAAAGGAGUUCGACGAGAUAUACAUCAACGGGUACUGCAAAGCGUUGAGGCAUAAACGAACGAGUAGAAUUUAUUGUGAUGGGAAUAAGAGCUACGACAUUAAUGACUUCAAUGUGUUGGCUGCUUGCUCGGGGAAUUGUCUUUGUGACCCUUUGAAAUGUACCAAUAAAUUUCCGGAAGGAUUACACUACCCUGUGAAGGUGGUGAAAACUAGAGACAUCGGAUGGGACAUCGUUUCCUCGUCUUACAUUAAAGCUAACUCGCUUAUUAUGCAUUACGUGGGGGAGAUAACCACCAGGAAGGAGAUGAUUUCUAGAGAGCACGAAUAUGAUAAGAAGGGAUACUUCAACUACUUCAUCGAGACGGCAGAGGUAGAUGAGACGUACACCGAUGAUUGGAAGAUCCCCUGCAUCGAUGCGCUGUUCAUUUCGAACGUGGCUCGGUUUUUGAACCACUCGUGUGAGCCAAACGUGAACGUGAUUACCAUCUGGCGCGGCGACAAUUACCCCUCCGUCGGCAUCUUCGCCUCCAGGGACAUCAAGCCCGACGAGCCCCUCAAGUACCACUACGGCAUCAACUACAAGAACAUCAAGUGCAUGUGCAACUCGAAGAAGUGCAAGGGGUACAUCGGUUAG